AUGAACAGAUUAUGAAAGAACAAGAGGACGCAGGUAAAGCAAAAUUCAAUUGCAAUUACAAAAGCUAAUGAAAAGUCGUUAAUUUUUAUUAUGGGGAUUUGACUAAAACAAAGCCAGAGCCAGCAGAAAUGCCGAAACACGUUUUUACAGCGAAUUCAGUGCCGUGGACUAUAUCGGUCCCACUGUAUAAUAAAAUUGUAA